AUGGAGAACUCUCACCUGCUGAAGAUCUCUUGUCCCAGGCAAGUCCUCAUCUUCUUGCUCUGCCAGUUUGUGGCUUCAUUCUGCCUGCUUUCCUUCAUCCGGGAGUCCAGAGAGUGGAGAAUGAAUCUUCAGUGUCCCUUACAGUCACCCCCGACAUCUGGGAACACCACUGAGGUGGUUCUGGACUAUGUGAAGGAAGAGACUUAUAAACUGGUCAUUCUGCUGUGGACCUGGCCCUUCCAUCAUCCGUUUCCCCUUGAGAGCUGCCCACCACUCCACGGCAACCACGACUGCCACUUCACAGCCAACCGCAGCUGGUUGUCCUUGGCCGAUGCCGUGAUCGUCCACCACCGAGACGUGCAGGGCAAUCCAAGGCAGCUGACCCAGAUCCGCCGGGACCCAAGCCAACGCUGGGUCUGGUUCAAUCUGGAGUCUCCAUCGAACAGCCGCAACCUAAGGGCCAUGGACAACCUCUUCAACAUGACCAUGUCCUACCGGAGCGACUCUGACUUCUUUACCCCCUACGGCAGGCUGGAGCCACUGGACGAGCCAGAGAACUUCACCAUCCCCCCCAAAUCCAAAAUGGUGGCUUGGGCGGUGAGUAACUGGAACCCGUCCUCCCGCAGGGUGCAGUAUUACGAGGAGCUGAAGAAACACCUCCAGGUGGACGUGUUUGGGCGCCAACACAAACCACUCCCCAAGAGUGAACUCCUCUCCACGCUGUCCCAGUACAGAUUCUACCUGGCCUUUGAGAAUUCCCAGCACCAGGACUACAUCACCGAGAAACUGUGGCACAAUGCCCUGGCCUCGGGCACCGUACCCGUGGUCCUGGGCCCGUCCCGCAAGAACUACGAGCGCUUCCUUCCCCCAGAGGCUUUCAUCCACAUAGAUGACUUCCCCAGCGCCCAAGCUCUGGCCCAACACCUAAACAUCGUGGCCAGCGAUGAGGCUCGUUACCGGGAAUACUUCGGGUGGAGGAGCCGUUUCCGGGUGGUGCACAGAUUAAGCUGGAUUGACCACUAUUGCAAGGCCUGCCAGGGUCUUCCCGUGUCCACUGCCUACCGGACAGUGCCUCGCCUGGCACAGUGGUUCCUGGCCAAUCCACAGUAA